AUGCCGUGCGGGCAGCCCGACGGCGGGGCCGCCCCGGCGCGGUACGUCCUGGGGGUGGACGUGGGCAGCACGGUGGUGAAGUGCCACGUCUACGACCGGGCGGCCGCCGUCAGGGGCUCCAGCUACAGGAAGGUAGAAUCACUUUAUCCUCGUCCUGGAUGGGUUGAAUUAGAUCCUGAAAUGCUAUGGAAUCAAUUUAUUGGUGUAAUAAAAGAGGCUGUACAAGCUGCAGGACUUCACAUGAGGCAAAUUGCUGGUCUUGGCAUCUCCACCCAGAGAGGAACUUUUAUUACAUGGCACAAGAGGACAGGGAAGCCCUUUCAUAAUUUCAUAAGUUGGCAAGACCUAAGAAGUGCUGACCUUGUGAAUUCCUGGAAUAAAUCCCUUCUGCUGAAGGUAAUCCAUGUUAUUUUUACAGUGCUUCAUUUCUUGACUGGGAAUGAUCGCUAUUUGGCACCCAGUUUUCUUACAUUUUCAACACAUCAGACUUCUAUGAAGUUGUCAUGGGUUUUUAAAAACAUUCACGAGGCUCAAGAAGCUGCCAAAAAAAACAACUGCUGCUUUGGAACGGUUGACACAUGGUUACUGUAUAGAUUGACUAAAGGUUCUGUGUAUGCUACAGAUUACUCAAAUGCCAGUUCUACAGGCAUUUUUGAACCCUUUACGAAAUGUUGGAAUCCCACUUUGUGUAAUCUACUUUCUAUUCCAAUGUCUAUUUAUCCACCAGUGAAAGACACAAGCUUCAACUUUGGGUCAACUGCCUCUGAAAUAUUUGGGGUACCUAUUCCAAUAAUGGCAGUGGUAGCUGAUCAGCAGUCAGCUAUGUUUGGAGAAUGCUGCUUUCACCCAGGAGAUGUUAAACUGACAAUGGGAACAGGUGGUUUCUGGAAUGUGAAUACUGGAGAGCAUCUCUUUGCAUCACGAGGAAGUCUUUAUCCCCUGAUCGGUUGGAAGAUUGGGGAAGAAGUUGUUUACUUAACUGAAGGCUCUAUAUCAGACAUUGGCACUGCCAUAAAAUGGGCUCUGGAUAUGGAACUUUUCACCAAUGUAGAUGAAACAGCAGAAAUGGCACAGAGUGUUUCUGAUUCUCAAGGUGUUUGUUUCAUUCCAGGUUUACAGGUUUCUGGGGAUGACCCAUAUUUAUGUGCCUCUUUCAUGGGGCUGAAACCUUCCACUAACAGAAACCAUCUUGUUCGAGCUAUAUUGGAAUCUGUAGCUUUCAGAAACAAAUUGCUUUAUGAUAUCAUUGUGAAGAAGGUGCACAUUCCUCUUCAAACUAUUCGAGCUGAUGGAGGUGUCAGUAAUAAUAGUUUUGUCAUGCAGAUGACAUCAGAUUUAAUUAAUAAGAAAAUAGAAAAACCUGCAAAUGUGGACAUGUCUAGUCUUGGUGCAGCUUUUCUAGCAGGCCUUGCUUCAGGAUUUUGGACAGACAGGAAACAACUAAAGAAGCUAAGGCGAGUAGAAGCAGUGUUUGAGCCCCAAAAGGAUUCAGAGGAAUACAGACCUGCUAUGGAUGCAUGGCUGCAAGCAAUGAAACACUCACCACACUGGUAGAAAUUGGCAUUUUAAUUUUAAUUUCAGAAGAAUUAAGACGGUUUAAUUCCUAUUUUAUAACAUCUUGACAUUAACAGGACAGUAAAAAACCGUAACUGAAAUUUGUGAUGGUGUAUUAUAACUUGUGUGGUAUUUCAGUUCUCAUCCUGCUGCUGGAUUACUUACCAUACUGUAAUGAGCCUUCCCAUCAUCCCUGUGGCAGCUGUGGUCCAGCUGCAGCAUUUGUGUCCCUUCAGUGACCUCCUUUGGGUGGCCCAGCUGCUCAAGUCCAACCAUGUACUGCACAUGGGCUGUUUUCACUGUGGUGGGUUUUCUCCUGAGCAACUCGCCUCCCUUCGGCUCUUUAAAAUCUUGGGGAUGUUAAUCAUCAAGGAAGGGUAAAAGGCACAUUUACUCCCCUAGGCAUUGCUAAGAAACAAAAUGAUUGUUGGGGCUGGCUUGUGAGGAAUUCAGUUGCAUACAAAGAUGUUGUUUUGGUGGUAGCCUGUUACCACCUUUUGGCUGACACUAGGCACUGUGAUCACGUUAUUUGUACGCUAGAUCGAGAUGAAAUGUAAAAUGAAAUACAAAAGCAAAGGCUUUCAACACUCCAUUAAAAAAUUCCAGGAUUUUUGUAGCUGAUACUUUAUAGCUAGCUUGUAGCUCAAUUUUUUAAAAUUUUGUAAAGACUAAAAGCAAUCUUACCUGGGAUGGCCAGCACAGAUGCAUUAAAACUAGUUCCAGGUAUGCUAUCUAACUUGUAAAAAUCUGUACUGUUAGUAUCUUCAAGGCUAUUUUUAAAUCCUCUUAUUAUUAGCUAAAAGGGAGUAAAAAGUCUAUUUUUGAAGCUAUAAAUUACUUUUGUAUUUUUAAAC